UCGAUAACACACUGGUCGAUAUGAUGUAAAUGAUAUUAUAUACUCGACCACACUGGUACCAGGUUCAAUGAUCUGGUAACACUGGUUUUACAUGUACGCUGUCUUCUCUUGGUAAAGUUUUUAUAAAAAUGGAAAAUAUACCGCGAACACAUGAAGAUAUCGAGGCACAGAUCAGCGUGAUCCAGGAGAAGAAGACGGAGCUGGCCAAGACCACAGCCGCGGCAGCCGGCGUGGGAUUGUUGGACAGUGGAGGAUUCUUCGACACCGACUUGUACGACGACGAUGCCGCCAAGGGGAAGGGGCGCUACGAGGGGUACAACACCUCCAUUGCAGCCAACGAUGCGGAGGAGGUGGAUGAGGAUGAGGACGACGGCUUCCCUGUGUCCCAGAAACGAACCACUUACACGGCGCCAGCUUCUGUGCUGAAGGAUGUAACCCAGGGAAAGGAGGAUGUGGAUCCCAUGGCAGACCGCAGGCGUCCUACGAUUGCCGAUAGGGAGGACGAGUACAGGCAGAAGAGACGUCGCAUUAUCAUCUCCCCAGAGCGAGCGGAUCCCUUUGCCGAGGGCGGAAAAACCCCUGAUGUGGGCUCCCGCACCUACACGGACAUCAUGCGGGAGCAGAUGCUGAAGGGCGAGGAAUCUGAGCUCCGCCGAAGAAUCCUGGAGAAAACCAAGGAGGGCACUCUGGUGAAGACCGCUACAUCAUCGUCAGCUUCUAAUGGGGACUUGGCUGCCCCAAAGGACGGCGGCAGAAAGCGAGGCAGAUGGGACCAGACGGUCAGCGACAGCUUUAUUCCGGCCAAGGUGGCUACACCAAGCAGCGCAGCUACCCCCACUUGGGAAGAUAAAACUCCUGGAGACCACCGUUGGGAUGAGACUCCGGGUCACAAGGGCAGCGAGACGCCAGGAGCAACUCCGGGACUGGGCACCCGCAUCUGGGACGCCACACCGGCCCACGCUAUGACCCCAGGACACGAGACGCCUGGACACGAGAAGUCGGCCCGCCGGAAUCGCUGGGACGAAACCCCAAAAACGGAGCGUGAGACUCCCGGACACAGCGGAUGGGCCGAGACUCCAAAGCCAGAUCGCACAGGCAGCGGAGCCGGCGUGGAAAGCAUAUCAAUCGAGUCCACCCCUGGUGCCUCCAAACGUCGCUCUCGCUGGGAUGAAACACCCUCGAACGCCACGCCUGCUAUAACGCCCACAAAUGCUAGUGCCAUGACUCCAAACAUGACCCCCAGUAUGACGCCACAUGCGACUCCGGGACAUGCUACACCUAUGCUGACGCCCGGAGGCAGUACUCCUAUCGGAGUCAAGGCAAUGGCCAUGGCCACGCCCUCUGCGGGAGCCCUGGCUGCCAUGACGCCCGAGCAAUUGCAAGCCUAUCGCUGGGAGAAGGAGAUCGACGAGAGAAACAGGCCUUACACAGACGAAGAACUGGACCAAAUCUUUCCGCCUGGUUACAAAAUUCUACCUCCACCAGCUGGAUAUGUUCCACUGCGCACUCCGGGCAGGAAGCUAAUGGCCACACCUACGCCGAUUGCUGGCACUCCAGCCGGUUUCUUUAUUCAGGUGGAAGAUAAGAAUGCCAAAUUCAUGGAUAACCAACCAAAGGGUCAAAAUCUACCCUUCAUGAAACCCGAGGAUGCGCAAUAUUUUGACAAACUCCUUGUAGACGUAAACGAAGAUUCUUUGUCGCCUGAGGAACUUAAGGAGCGCAAGAUUAUGAAGCUACUGCUGACAAUCAAGAACGGUUCGCCGCCAAUGAGGAAGUCGGCCUUGAGGCAGAUUACGGACAAAGCAAGGGAGUUCGGAGCAGGACCUUUGUUUAACCAGAUUCUUCCUUUGCUUAUGUCGCCCACAUUGGAGGAUCAAGAGCGUCAUUUACUAGUGAAGGUAAUUGACCGUGUUUUGUACAAACUGGACGAUUUGGUGCGACCCUAUGUGCACAAGAUUUUGGUGGUCAUAGAACCGCUGCUGAUUGAUGAAGAUCACUAUGCCCGCAUAGAAGGCAGAGAAAUCAUUUCCAAUCUGGCCAAGGCCGCUGGUUUGGCCACCAUGAUCUCCACUAUGAGACCCGAUAUUGACAACAUCGAUGAGUAUGUCCGAAACACCACAGCGCGUGCCUUUGCCGUUGUCGCCUCAGCUUUGGGAAUUCCCUCCUUACUGCCCUUUUUAAAAGCCGUGUGCAAGUCGAAGAAAUCCUGGCAAGCGCGCCACACAGGCAUCAAAAUCGUCCAGCAGAUUGCUAUCCUAAUGGGAUGUGCUAUUUUGCCGCAUCUUAAAGCUCUGGUGGAGAUUAUCGAGCACGGUUUAGUGGACGAGCAGCAGAAGGUACGCACAAUUACAGCCUUGGCUAUUGCUGCUUUGGCAGAGGCCGCCACUCCGUACGGCAUUGAGUCCUUUGAUUCCGUGCUGAAGCCACUUUGGAAGGGUAUUCGCACCCAUCGCGGAAAAGGUCUGGCCGCCUUCCUCAAAGCUAUUGGCUAUUUGAUUCCCCUGAUGGACGCCGAGUACGCUAAUUACUACACUCGAGAAGUGAUGUUGAUUCUUAUCCGUGAGUUCCAGUCUCCAGAUGAGGAAAUGAAAAAGAUUGUAUUAAAGGUGGUGAAGCAAUGUUGUGCCACCGAUGGUGUGGAGCCGCAGUACAUCAAAGAGGAGAUUCUUCCGCACUUUUUCAAGUUCUUUUGGAAUCAUCGCAUGGCGCUGGACAGGCGCAACUACCGCCAGCUGGUGGACACAACCGUGGAGAUUGCCAACAAGGUGGGCGCCUCUGAGAUCAUUAAUCGUGUGGUGGAUGACCUAAAGGACGAGAACGAACAGUACAGGAAAAUGGUGAUGGAAACAGUGGAGAAGAUCAUGGGCAACCUAGGAGCAGCAGACAUUGAUUCGCGCUUGGAGGAGCAGCUCAUCGAUGGUAUUCUGUACGCCUUCCAGGAGCAGACCACCGAGGAUGUGGUGAUGCUGAAUGGUUUUGGCACCAUCGUGAAUCAGCUGGGCAAGCGAGUCAAACCCUAUUUGCCCCAGAUUUGUGGAACGAUUCUCUGGCGGUUAAACAACAAAUCCGCGAAAGUUCGUCAGCAAGCGGCGGAUCUGAUAUCGAGGAUAGCGGUAGUGAUGAAAACGUGCCAGGAGGAGAAGCUAAUGGGUCACUUGGGCGUUGUGCUUUACGAAUACUUGGGUGAGGAGUAUCCCGAAGUACUGGGUAGCAUCCUGGGAGCCCUGAAAGCCAUCGUAAACGUGAUUGGCAUGACAAAGAUGACACCGCCUAUCAAGGACUUGCUGCCCCGACUUACGCCCAUCCUGAAGAAUCGUCACGAGAAAGUGCAAGAGAACUGUAUUGACCUGGUGGGACGAAUUGCAGAUCGAGGACCUGAGUAUGUGUCUGCUCGCGAGUGGAUGCGAAUUUGUUUCGAGCUGCUGGAGUUGCUGAAGGCCCACAAGAAGGCUAUUAGGAGAGCCACAGUAAACACCUUUGGCUACAUUGCCAAGGCCAUUGGUCCCCACGACGUGCUCGCUACACUUCUGAAUAAUCUCAAGGUUCAGGAGCGACAGAACCGCGUGUGCACCACAGUGGCCAUUGCUAUCGUGGCCGAGUCUUGUCGGCCUUUUACCGUGCUCCCUGCGUUGAUGAACGAGUACCGAGUGCCCGAGCUAAACGUUCAGAAUGGUGUUCUGAAGUCCCUCUCCUUCCUCUUUGAAUACAUCGGAGAAAUGGGCAAGGAUUACAUAUACGCAGUCUGUCCUCUUCUGGAAGAUGCCCUCAUGGACCGAGAUCUUGUCCACAGACAAACCGCCUGCUCUGCCAUAAAGCACAUGUCACUGGGAGUGUAUGGUUUCGGCUGCGAGGAUGCUUUGACGCACCUUCUCAACUACGUGUGGCCCAAUAUUUUUGAGACUUCCCCCCAUCUUGUGCAAGCCUUCAUGGAUUCCGUGGACGGGUUAAGGGUAUCUCUGGGACCCAUUAAAAUCCUGCAAUAUACGCUACAGGGACUUUUCCAUCCCGCCCGCAAAGUGAGAGACGUUUACUGGAAGAUCUACAAUUCGCUGUACAUUGGAGGUCAGGAUGCUCUGAUUGCCGGCUAUCCGCGGAUUACUAAUGAUCCCAAGAACCAGUACGAGCGGUACGAACUGGAUUACACGCUAUAAAUUGUAAUAGCUUAUCUGCUAGUAGUAGGAUUCUCUAAGAUACCAAUAUAUAAAUCCAAACUAUUCAAA